UGGCGCCCAUUGCGGCCGUGGGCUCUGAGGAGAUGAAUUGGGUCGGAGGGUCCCGGACCAGGAUUAUGUUUAAACAGGAAAAGAGAAAGCAGAAGGAAUAUUUUGAAAAGAAAAGGCUGCAAUCUAAAGCAAAAUCAAUGGAGAUUUCAUCACCUGCCAAACAUUCUUCAGUAAGUUUAGAUCUCUUGAACAUGUAUGUUGUAAAUCAGAUAUCUACCAAGAAGGAAAAGCCUGUUACAGUACCAAUGCAUGUGAAUUUGAAUAAAGGCUCAAAAAUGCCCCUAAGAAGAUACAAUGUAGAACUUCCAAUGUCACCUUGUUUCCCGCCAUCUAAAUUAUGCCUUGAUGACAUGCAGUGGAGUAAACAACAGCAUGGAUUAGAUGAUAAAAGGAAGUAUAUCUCGGACGAGUUACCACUUUAUAUGGAGUCAGAAGUUACACACUCAGAAAAGGAACAUCAGAACAGCAGAGUGGAAAAGUAUAGUGUCUCUCCAACAUCUCUUUUUGCUGAAUGGUCAUCUUACAAUCAGUUUUCUAACCAAAAUGCCAGUGCCAGUCCUUGGGAAAUUGCCUUUGAAGAAAAGAAAAAAGAGCAGAAUCUAUCAUUUUCUCAGCCUGGAAAUGUAAGCUAUGAAGAUUUCAUGGUUUCCAAAUUGGGUGGAAGUCAGAACAUUGUCAGCCAACCACACAACAGAAGAUCUUCAGAUAUGUGGUUUGAACAAUUAAGUUGCCCAGAUCAUUGGAACUCUAAUGAUGAUUUUAAAAUAGGAACUUCCAAUAUGAUGAUAGAAAAGGACCAUGGAAGCAGAAAUAGAAGAGAAUCAUAUUUUGGAAUGGAAAGAGAGAAAGGUGAAAGGAAUCAGCCAAGUUUAGAAUUUUACAAAGAUGAAAAUCAGUCAGUCCACAAUAUUUUGUCAAAAGAUAUUCAUUCUUUUGUUCAUAAGGAAAGUACCAGCUUCUUGCCUACAGAUCAGCAAGAUAUGAAUCUGAUUUUUGACAAUCGUAGUUCCUCUGAUACAAAAAAUGUAUACAACUUCCCUGGAUGGAUGGAUGGAGUCUCCAUUUGGGACCAACAGAACAACCUUCCUAGAUUUCAAGGAAAGAGUUCAGUUGACAGAAACCUCAAAAGUGUUUUCACAGUUCCAGACCAGCCCUUUGGAAAUCCUGGUAUUCCUAGUAAAAAUUAUAAUGAAAAUAAUCAACUGAAUAAUAACCCCUGGAAAGAAUACAACAGUCACCAAAGAAAUGAUUACAGUGCAUCCUUUGAACACCAGGAUGAUCCAGUUAUGUCUGGAAAAAGAAGGAAAUUAGAAAACUAUGAAGAGGCUACUGAGCCAUCAAAAAAUUUCCAGAAUUAUCCAUACAAACACAUAGGCAAUUUGUGUUUGAAAGAAUCUCUUCAUAAGUCCCCCCAGGACCUUGGAUUUUCACAGUGCAGUACGUCCUCUGAAGCAAAGUGGACAUGUCACCCCACCCUGGUGACUCUGCCUAGUGAUGAGAUUUUUGUAAGAGAAGAGGAAAAAGAUGGAUUGGAAGCAAGUCCAAAAAUUUUGAAUGGCAAGAUGGGCUGUGAUUCUUCACUGAGCAGUCAGUCCCCCAGUUACUCUCCAAGGCAAACCGAGAGUCUUUUCAGCUCUAGUCCAGCGAUGCCUUCCGAAGAGGAAGAUCUAGUUUUACCCAUUGAACAUCCAGAGAGCGAGAGGAACUGCAAGAAUGAAACCUCCUCUAACAGCAGGCAACCUGCAUCAAGCACGGAGUUUCCAAAUCAUUUUCCUCCAUGUGUUGAGAGUAUUAACAGAGGAGUCAAAGGUCACGAACAGACAGACAAUUUUUACCCAUCUGGGGACAAUUCUGGACUAUCUCAAUGUGACUCAAGAAAUAAUAAUAAUAAUAGAAAUAAUAAUCACUGCUAUCGGCACAUUGGGCAGCGUGAUGCAUGGUCUCAAACUGAGGACCACUCUGUUCCAGAAGGGAAAUCGGAUGUAGGCGUCCAGUGCGAUAUGAUGCGAGAACGUGAAGAGAGGAAACAUCUUUUUCCUAUAAGUGCUGGAGAUGUCCCUGAAGUCACCAAGGCAGAUAGCAUUAGGGGGCAGGAAAUCCCAUCUGAUGAAGCCCUCAGGUCUAUAAAUCUCACCAAUAGUCCAGAACAUCAGCCUGAGGUCAACUACCUCUGUCUCAAUGAUCCAGGGGUCCUGGAUUUAACAAUGAUGUAGGGAGGGAAAAAUGGUUUAAUCCCAGAAAAUAUGGCAACUGUUCUGAAAUACUGAUAGUUUCCUUUAAAUUCGUAUUUGUUCCUUAUGUUUGAAUAUAUAUAUAAGCAGUUUAAACAUCAUUGCAAAUGUCUUUUAGCUCAAAACUUGGUUCUUUCUUGAGAGAAAGUUGUAACUCCUUCAUUACAACAGGAAUAGAGCAACACCAUGGAAUUUGCUGAGUAAAAUGGGUACUUCAUGAAUUGAUCCGUCUUUCUAGUUUACAGAUUACAGAGCAGUUUACUCUACUAUAGUAAAAUAGAUGGAUCAGGUUCUUGUGUAUCUAUAUAAUUUCCUUCCAUUUAGACAA